AUGUCCUCCGCAGCAAGCUCGAUUCCCCAUCUCCGCGAAACCACGGGCGGAAAGGGACUGGUCGUUGAUGGACGGCCGUUCCUCAUGCUCGCGGGCGAGCUCCAAAAUUCCUCUCUUACCUCGGCCGAGUACAUGGACACGGUGUGGCAGAAGUUAGUGGACACCCACUUCAACACCGUGCUCGGAUGUGUCACUUGGGAAAUGAUCGAGCCGGUUGAAGGUCAGUUCUCGUUUGAGGAGCUGGACAAAGUCAUCCUGGGAGCCCGCAAACACGGGCUUCGCCUUGUUCUCCUGUGGUUCGGGUCUUUCAAGAAUGGCAUUUCCACAUACGUCCCAACUUGGGUCAAGACCAACCCCAAGCGGUUUCCCCGCGCAAAACUGCGCAAGGCCGGCGGUGUUCUUCAAGUUGGCGAUGUGCUUUCGAUCUUCCACGAUGAAGCUCCAAAGUGCGAUGCCAGAGCAUUUGCUCAGCUGCUGCGACACCUCAAGGAAUUUGACGAGAAGCAUUCGACCGUCAUUAUGGUGCAGGUGGAAAAUGAGACUGGUCUGCUCGGUGAUUCCCGAGAUGGCAGCGCAGAAGCCGAGAGGCGCUUCUCCCAGCCCGUCCCGCAAGACCUGCUCUCUUUCCUUGCAGACGACUGGCACAACCUCCAUCCUGAUCUACAAGAGAAUCUCGCCCAUUUCAGAGCAGCACAGCCUCGCGCCCAGGCCUCCUGGGUAGAUGUCUUUGGCCAGGGACCACGCACCGACGAACUCUUCAUGGCAUACCACUACGCCAAGUACCUGAACCAGGUCGCAGCCGCAGGCAAGGCGGAGUACCCCAUCCCACUGUACACAAACGUCUGGCAGAACUACGUCGGCCCUGACGGUGACAACGACUUUCCCGUCGUCGCCGGCGGCGGAGGCCUCCCCGGCGACUAUCCUUCUGGCGGAGGCACCUCCAACGUCCUGGACAUCUGGCAGCGGUUCGCCCCCUCCCUCGACUUCAUCUCGCCAGACGUCUACCUAAACGACUACUCCGUCUCCUGCGCAAAGUACCGGCACCGCAACCAGCCCCUCUUUAUUCCCGAGCAGCGGCGCGACGAGUACGGCGCCCGCCGCAUCUGGGUCGCCUAUGGCUCCUACCAGGCCCUGGGUGUCUCGCCAUUCGGCAUUGAUACCCAGGAACCCGCAACCAACCCCUUCACCCGGCAUUACGCCCUCCUCGAUUCCGUGUCGCAGAUCGUCCUCGAAGCGCACCGGAACCCGGGCUCGUCGAUCGGCUUCUACUUUGAUGAAUUAACUCCCAAUGGUCCCGACCCCUCGAAGGCAGUCACCAAGACAUUUGGCGGCUUCGUCAUUACAGUUGAGCGCUGCUUCGUGUUUGGUCGCCCCGGUCCCGGCGCCGGGAUGCUUAUACACCGCGGCGGCGCAAGGUUCCUCUUGAUCGGUCGGGGAUUCCAGGUCCGCGCGAAGUCUGUUUCUCCGACGUCGGCGUUCACAGGGAUCCUGCGGUUUGAGGAGAAGGUUGUGGCUAAUAAGGAGACGGGGGAGUUGCGGACUCUGCGUGUCCUGAACGGGGAUGAGACCCGGAGUGGAAUCUUUGCCAUGAUGCCGAAUGAGGACCCGGAUUAUGGCGGGUUCCCGAUCUGUGUCACGAUCCCGGCUAGGACUAUGAUUGCGGAGGUGGAGUUUUAUUCGGUGGAGGAGCAGGAUGUGUAG